AUGUUCGAGAUUCAGAAAGCGGAAGCUAUGAUUAAUCCGCUAAAGGAAUGGCGUAUGAAGUUCGAAACAAACAGUCUGGCUUCCCAUGACUUUGUAUCGUUCUUCCAUAGCAGUGCUUCUAAUUUCACUCAGAUUGAGCAGAAAGCAAAUUCCGACUUGGGAAGCUACAAUUUUGACGAAAGAAACGCUAAGCAUGGUGUCAUUGAGCUCAUUGAAAAGUUUAUCUGUGGCGAUAACUCGCAAUCGUUCCUCGAACGGCUGAAAUCAAGAGCAUCGGAGGCUUCAGUGUGUGGACGUGUGUUCAAAAUCGGUGAACCAACGUACAGCUGUCGUGAAUGUAGUAUGGACCCAACAUGCGUACUUUGCUCUUCUUGUUAAAAGUCGUCCCAUCGACUCCAUAAAUAUAAAAUGUCAACAUCAGGUGGAGGAGGCUGUUGCGACUGUGGUGAUAGCGAGGCUUGGAAGCGGGAUCCGUCAUGCGAGGAACACAGUGCUAUAAUUCCAGAGAUUCUUGAUAGUACUAUUGUAACGGAUAAAAACGAUAAGUGCAGCGAGAUUGUAUUCAAAGCGAUCUUGAAUUAUUGCGUAAAAAAUUUGCAGAUCCAAUCUGACAGUAGUUUGGCUGAGCUUGGCGAAAGCCAGAUGAAUGUUUAUUGUACUAUCCUAUACAACGACGAAACGCAUACGUUUGAACAGGUAAUUCAAACCCUAACCUCCAUGGUGAAAUGCACCCAAAAGGAGGCGAUUGAGUAUGUUACCAGCAUCGAUCGUGAAGGCAGGGCGGUUGUAAAGUGUGCUACGUUUGAGAUAUGUAAAAAAUUGAAAGAGGAUAUUGAAAAUAAAGUCAUCCGCUCAACAAUGACUGCAAAGGCUUCACCACUGAAAGUUACUGUACUUCACAAGUCGGAAGUCGCGUACCAGCACUUGGCAAUGAUGUUGCUGGGAUGGUUUCAAGAUUUCCUAACAAAACAUUCGUCGUUUAGGUCCACAUUCUGCAGAAUUGUUGUUGAGGCUAACGUUAACUACCAUCUGAAACAGAUUUUAAGCAACGAUCAUAAACUGUGGAAGUCGGCUCGCACCUGUUGGCAUCGAUUGUUGAUUUCUGGCAUGUUGAUGGAGUACGAGAACAAAAAAACUUUGGCUGUAAUGUUCACGAAGUUGUACGCCAAUUUGAUGCAAGACUUUAUCAGAGACGAUCAUUAUCACUCUUUUUCUGUCGUUUCUUUGAGCGUGCAGUUGUUCACCGUACCAACUAUCGCACAUCAUUUGAUUGCUCAUGACCUGGCUUUUUUCAAAUUGAUGCAUACGUUUUAUUCGGAAUCAAUUGAAAAAUAUGUGAAAAAUAAGCAGCUGCAGUUUGCGAAAAAUACUUCUACAAUGAAUGUUUUCAAACGAGCUUCGUACAUCCUAAUAGACCUGAAAUAUUUGUUAAGCUUUAAGCCGGAAGUGUGGACUCAGGAGCUAAGGACGGGGUUUCUUCACGGUGUGCAAAUUCUCAUACGGUUGCUAAAGUGCAUGCAGGGUAUGGAUGCUGUAACGCGUCAGCUUGGCCAACACAUGGAGUACGAGCCAGAGUGGGAAACAGCUUUUACACUUCAUCUCAAACUGUCUCAUUUGAUAACGCUGGUAUUGGACUGGUGCAGUACAGAUAAAGUUGUACUUGUGAAAGUUUACAGAAUGUUACUGGCGGCACUGACCGAGAUCAAGUUUGUCGUAUCCGAAACUAAGGUCGAGAUGAAAGAACUAGCCGACCACAGUGCGUCGUGCCUGAUGUACGAUGUUGCAUCGAAGCCCGUGUCUAUUCAUCUACCGCUUACGCGCUUUUUGGCAGGAUUGUAUGUUAACUUUGAAAAAUUUGAUUUGACUUUCGACACGGUUGGGACGUCGUCAACUGAUAAACCUACCCCAGAACAGAUCAUCGAACCGGUGCUUUGCACGAGAACUAUGAUAUCGCAAGUUUAUGCUGGAAUGUGGCGGAGGAAUGGCUAUUCUCUCUUAAAUCAACUGUACUUUUAUCGCAACGUAAAAUGCCGCUUUGAGAUGCUUGAUCGUGAUAUUGUUAUUCUUCAAAUUGGUGCUUCUCUGAUAGAGAGUAAUGAGUUCCUGAUCCACAUAUUAAGCAAAUUCAACCUUAUCGAAUGGACAUAUGACAACUUUGAGCCAGCCAAUACAACAAAUCCCGAAGAGGAUACAACUCGACAGACUAUUAACAUGGUGGACGAACUGCUCGAACUGUUGAUUAUUAUCGUCGGAGAACGCUACGUUCCUGGAAUCGGUAUGAUAACGGAAGAUGACCGCAUUAAAAAGGAAAUUGUUCAGCAAUUGUGCAUAAAACCGUAUUCCCAUUCUGAGCUAAACCGUGCGUUGAAUGAAGACACGAGCAGCGAAACCGGCAUGGAGAACGUAAUCGAUGAAAUUGCGACUUUUGAAAAACCUACCAGAAGCGAUAUGAAGGGCGUGUACAAGUUGAAGUCGCUUUUUAACUGGUACAAUAUGUAUUUUUAUCACUUUAGCAAGGAAGACAAAUCAAAGUCUGAGGAAGCGCAACGAAAGCGCUGUAAGGAGAAAAAUGUGCUUGUAUGUUGCCCGCCUCCGGAACUGCCGCGCCUCACUCAAUCGUUCAGCAUGCUCGUUAACCUGUUGCAGUGCGAUGUAAUGUUGGUAAUAAUGCAAACUGUGCUGAAGCGGGCGCUAGAUCUGAAGGCGAUAACAUUCUCGGAAAGUCACGUUCAACGGGUACUUCACUUGAUCGGAUACGCCAUCCAGGAGGAAGAGUCCGGGUUCUAUCCGUUUUUGAAGUUUAUUGAUCGAUCGAAUAAAAUUAACCUGCUACCGGCAUUGGAAGAUUUGAUAAACAAUCCCAGAGUCGAAUCUCAACGAGAUCUUUUGUUGUGGACUGUGCAGAAAUUGAAGGAUGUCACUCUAAAAUUUCAAGAUCGCAAAAUGGACGAAGAUCUGUGCUCCGAAGGCAAGCAGCAAACAACAUCGUUGACACAAGUCGAGGGGGAGCGAUUGGAAAAGGAAGAACGUUCAAAACUGGCCGCAAAACGGCGUGCACAAAUACUGGCACAAAUGCAAAACGCGCAGAAAAAUUUCAUGACUUCAAACGCAGAGUUGUUCGAAGUCAACGAUGAAGAGGAAAAGGGUCACAAAUCUAGCACUAUGGAAUGGGCAACGAAUGACGAGAGUGACGAGCAGUCGUGCAUAGGCAAGAACAGAAAAACUCAACGUAUUGAAGAAGCACGAUACAGAUGUAUUUUGUGCUCUGAAGAAUCUGCAGUUACUAAAAGUGGCGAAUGUAUGGUGUAUGCAGCAUUUGUCCAGAAAUCGAGCGUGCUUUCUCGCUACCAACAGACGGACGAGCAGGGUCAACUAAAAUAUCUCGAAACGAGCAUCCAUCCGUCUCCGCAUGUGACAACUUGUGGUCAUGUUAUGCACGCUGCUUGCUUCGAGAAGUACUUCAGUAACGAAAUGGUUAAGGAAAAUCGUCGACCAUACCGUAACCGUACGCCGGUGCUAUUUGAUAUUGAAAAGAAGGAAUUUUUGUGUCCAUUAUGUCGCUUUUUGAGCAACGCACUGUUGCCUCUGCUCCCCACGCUGAACAGUUUCAAUACUAUUGGAAGCGCUCCGCUAUCAGUUCCUGAUGCGAUGGAUUUCAGCAGCUGGUACACAUCGAUGGAUGGGUUUAUAGUUGAGUUUAGGAAUGCAAAUGACAAGCAGAUGGAAGUACCACAAAAUACGGACGAAUUCGAGGAACGAACCGCUCUGUUUCUCCAGGUUUACGAGGAAGCCGUUAUUCCGAAGCUAGAAUCACUUGUUGGCGAGCCUGUCUAUACGAUGGAAAGCAUCUCUGCGUCAUUGGUCAGUAAUUCUAUUGAAGAGUACGUUAGAAAGUUUUGUGCUGCAGUUCAUGAUGUGGCGCCGUUUCCAACGACACCAUCCAAAAACUUUGAAGAAUACCUUGUGACGUGGCUUUCAUGUGCGUACACUAUUGAAUCCUUGGAAAUGUUGUUGCGUGCAACCGACAAGUCACUAAGUGGAGAACUGUCUAUAAGAUAUUCAUCGUGUUUGUCUGGAUUUGUUCGUGUAUCGGCCAUGCUCGGGAAUAGCAUCAAGCGCUCUAACCCCAGCCUAGUGAAUUAUGUGUGCGACUUGCAUGACACGUUAACCGGGAAAAAAGCUUCAUCUUUUCUGGAAUGGGACUUAUUUAGCAUGAUGACUUCGUUGAUAUUCUCUACACGCUGCGUGCUGUUCAGCACAGAUGACACUAUACCCAAAGGAAACACUGUCGAUCAUGCUAUUUUGACUGCCUUGUUUUUGGUUAAUGCACUGCGCAUUGUCAUCACACACGAUAUGCAUUUCCAGCAUGCUAUGGAUACUGAAUACGACAUAACUACAAGUGAUAACUGCGCCGAAGAAUCGUCAUUGGAUUUGGCAAACAUCUUCAAAAAGUACAAUAUCUUUUACGAUCCGGAAUCUCAACAACUUCCCGCCAACAUCGUAUUAUAUCUGGCCCAAGCUGUGAAAGAUCAAAGUCAGACGUUCUUAAGGUGCUGUUGUUUGUUUUUCCAUGCGCUCACAGAUAUUGAACUACCAGGUGGCGAUAGUUUUGAAGCCAUGGCAUCAUAUUUGGGAUUGGAAACUGACGUUUGUAAAUAUUUCAAUGAUGAGACUUACAGCCAAUUCAUUUAUGUAUUAAUAAGUGCGAAUCUACCCGAGCUACAAGCCGUUAAACAAAACAUUAAAAAGCAAUCGGAAGAUAUUGUUCCAAUUAUUCAAGCAAUACCACCAGUCAGACAACUGAUAGACCUACCGGAAGACUACAGCGAUCUUAUCAACAGUGUCUCACUUUUCACCUGUCCUAACAACGUGAGGGAUGAUUCGCGAAACCCAACAAUGUGUCUAGUCUGUGGAGAGAUUCUAUGCUCGCAAUCAUUUUGCUGUCAAAAAGAGCUCGAUAAAAACUCCGUUGGCUCGUGUACCUACCAUGUGCACACGUGUGGUGCUGGAAUCGGAAUAUUUCUCAGAAUAAGAGACUCUGAAAUUCUCCUGCUGGGCAUGAAUAAAGGGUGCUUUAUCCCAGCACCAUAUCUUGAUGAAUAUGGUGAAACUGAUCAAGGCUUACGCCGCGGUAACCCACUUCGACUAUGUAAGGAACGUUACAAGAAGCUGCACAUAAUUUGGCUCAGUCAUGGAAUACACGAAGAAAUCACCCGUAGAACCGAAACACAACAAACUUUGUUUGCGACUCAGUGGCAAAACCUUUGAAUUACGCAACAAAAAAUACUGUCAUGUCAUGUUAAUUAAACAGAACUAAUAAAAAUCACCAGUGAAAAGCUACUGUAUACAUAACAUAA